UCAAAAACUUUAAAACCCUUCUCUCUCUUUCUCUCUUUCUCUCGCUCUCUCUCUCUUUUAAUCUUCAUAUUAUUCCUCCAAAUUAAAGAAAUGGAAAACCUAAUGAAACAGACCCAUAUUUGCAUGAAAACAAUAUGUUGUUUUGUUUUGAUAUCAUUAUUAUUGUUAUCAGUAAGGGUGAAGAGUAAUAGUGAAGAGUUCAGCUACGAUCCAUGCAGUGAGAAAGGGCCUAAGUUUUGGGGAGAAUUGAAUAUAGAAUGGGCAAAGUGUGGUAACGGAAACAUUCAAUCUCCCAUUGCUUUAUCAAAGUGGACUGCAGAUUGGAAUAGAGGGUUGGGUUGUCUUAUAAGGAACCAUAAACCUGCUAAUGCAAUUCUCAGGAAUGAUGGCCACGAAAUUAUUGUAGAUUGGAAAGGAAACAAUGCUGGUUCAAUCAAAAUCAACAAUGUUGAUUUUCAACUUCAAAAUUACCAUUGGCACCAUCCUUCCGAGCACACCCAAGAUGGCAAAACGUACCCUUUGGAGCUUCAUAUGGUCCACUUCAACAAUGUAACUCAGAAAAUUGCCGUUGUUGGUGUUUUAUUUGAGUACGGUCCACGGGAUCCAUUCAUCUCUAUGAUAGAAAGGGAUAUAAAGUAUCUAAAUAUUGAAGGAGGUGAGGAAUUUCUUGGAAAAGUGGAUCCUAGAGUAGCAAGGCUUGAUGGAAGAAAAUAUUUCAGAUAUAUUGGAUCACUCACCACUCCUCCUUGUACUGAAGGUGUCAUUUGGACUGUCAUGGAAAAGGUACAAACUGUCGCACCAUAUCAAGUCGAGCUUCUUAAACAAGCUCUCGUAGAAGAGAAGAAUGCGAGGCCAUUGCAAAAGAUUAAUGGAAGAAACGUUUUCUACUUUGACCCAUUCUCAUGGCAAAGUGUAGCGGCCGAGUAGACGAUUGCUUCGUCUCCAAUAAUAAACUGCCAUGUAUUACCUUAAAUUUCUAUGUUUCAAACCUGUUCGGUAGUUGUAUUGUGAUGGUGACAAUAUUACUUUUGCACUCUUAGGUAAUUCAAAAAAUCUAUUUGUAAUAAAUAUGUGGGGAUCGAGAUGAAGAAAAUUAAGAUAA